AUGCAUACACAUGCUUCUCAACCAUACCCUCAACAACACGAAGCAAAACUGCCGGCAAUCGACAACACGUACCUAUUGCUUCGAUCUGGGUUCGCCAUCUUCUACAUCAUCCUAGGCCAUCUUCUUAGUCCUUCCAUCAUGCUGUUCCGCAACCUUCUGCCGCGUUCCCUCGACUUCCUUUUCCUUCCACCCCAUUCUUUCUUUGGAUCUUCGGAUACGAAUAUACACACCUUCGCCGUUAGAUGCCUUCACAAGCCCCGUUUAUGUGAUGAGCACCUUUUCUCUCUCGAAGAACACUCGGACGGGCAACCGAUUCCCGAUCUUCCAGACUGUCGGAUCUGGCCUGUGCUCUGGUACUUCUAUCCGGAGGAAACGGGCUCAGGAAACGUUGUGAUACCGAGCGUAACUGCCGCCACCGUUCUUCCUCGUCCUCGUCCUAUUCAACACGUCGACCCCAAGCCCAAAGGCUCAUCCGACUGA